AUGUUCUACAAGCUCGCCAUCGUCGCUCUCGCUUCCUUCGCCCUCUUUGCAGGCCAGGUCAACGGCGCUGCGCUAGUCGCCGACAACGAUGACGCCUGCAACGGCAGCAACAACUACGGCGAAGGCCACAGCUGUGCUUUCAAGUCCAGCUCUGGCACGCGGCAGGGAAGCCGCUGGAACUCGUGUGGCGUCCUCGUCUGCAAGACUUGA